CAUGCAUGUCAGAUAAGUCAGUUGUGACAUAGUUCCUGAGUCAGGACUGAGGAUGCUAUGGGAGUUUGGGGCCAGAGAGAGACAAGGGGUGGACUGGGAGGAGAAGGGAGGAUUCUAAAGCUCUGCAAGAGGAUCUGGAGGAAGGGACCAGGAUCCACCACCCCAACAGCUUUCUGGACCAGGAUUCCGUCCUGUCCUUAGAGACCAAGCAUCCUGUCUGAAGGGAGGGGAGGAAGGGAUCCUGGGGUGAGAUCAGUGACUUGUCUCUUCUUACUCCCAAGCCACUCCCGUAAUAUUCAUAUGGAUGGAGAGUUCAGUGAUGAGGCCUCCCAAAAUGUCAUGGUUUUUCUUCUCAUGAUUCUUGAAAUUCUUUUAAUAUGCUUGAGGAUAUUGGAACACUCACCCACCCUAAAGGAUAGCUGACAGCCAGGAGAAACAUAGUGGAAAAUGCAAAACAACGAAAUCAUAAAACCUGCCAAAUACUUCUCAGAAUUGGAAAAGAGCAUCCUCCUUGCUUUAGUAGAAAAGUACAAGUAUGUGCUGGAGUGUAAGAAAAGCGACGCGCGAACUAUUGCCCUCAAGCAGCGUACCUGGCAGGCGCUCGCCCACGAAUAUAACUCCCAACCCAGUGUGUCGCUGCGGGAUUUCAAACAGCUGAAGAAGUGCUGGGAGAACAUCAAGGCUCGGACCAAAAAGAUUAUGGCCCAUGAAAGGAGAGAGAAAGUGAAACGGAGCGUCAGCCCGCUUCUGAGCACCCACGUCCUGGGGAAGGAGAAGAUCGCCAACAUGCUGCCCGAGCAGCUGUACUUCCUGCAGAGCCCUCCUGAGGAGGAGCCCGAGUACCACGCUGAUGCCGCCGCCCAAGAAUCAUUUGCUGUUUCAAAUAGAGAACUGUGCGAUGAUGAGAAAGAGUUCAUACAUUUUCCAGUAUGUGAGGGGACCUCUCAACCUGAACCCUCGUGUUCAGCUGUCAGAAUAACAGCCACUAAAAACUACAGGAGCAAAACCUCUCAGGAAGGUGCUUUAAAAAAGAUGCAUGAGGAAGAACACCAUCAACAAAUGUCCAUCUUACAACUGCAGCUGAUACAAAUGAAUGAGGUGCAUGUGGCCAAAAUCCAGCAGAUAGAGCGAGAGUGUGAGAUGGCAGAGGAGGAACACAGGAUAAAAAUGGAAGUUCUCAAUAAAAAGAAGAUGUAUUGGGAAAGAAAACUACAAACUUUUACCAAGGAAUGGCCUGUUUCUUCAUUUAACCGGCCCUUUCCCAAUUCACCCUGAGACUGUGGGGGGUGGCUCUCUUGUAAUUAAUCUGUGUUGACAAAGUCUGGAACAUGAACCUGCGGUCAGUAACCUGUUACAGAGCUACAACUAGGAAAAUUAGAGUGGUAGUAGUCACUUAUUUAAGAAUACAUUCAGGUAAACAAGCUGCACCCUAUGUACCCCUUAAGUGGCAAAGAAGCUGUUAGCGUCUUCUGAAAUUUUCACUAUGAGUGCUAUCAUUCUGAAUGUAAUGUCUCUUAAUUAGAAUUCAUACAAGAACCAUGUGUGAGUGUUAUUGUUGUAUUUUUUUAAUCAGAUGCAAGUGUGACCCUAAAGGAGUGUGGCUGGUUUUGUGGGCUUUUUUUUAAUAGACAGCAGACCUUUUCUAUCCAAACAAAUGCCCUCCCACUGAAAGUGGCCAUCCUGGGAGGACACGCGUUUCUCCAGGGGUGAUGCUGUUGCUCAGAACUUGCUAGAGGUCUUUCAGAAACCUCCACAAGAGCUGCGGCACACUUCGUUUUCUCAAUAUCAUCUGUUUUUUUUUUUCCUUCUUCUUCUUUUUUGGCCUCCCCACGGCAUAUGGAGUUCCUAGGCCAGAGAUCAGAUCCAAGCCACUAAGUGGUAGCUGUGGCAACGCAGGAUCCUUUAACCUGUGUCCUGAUGCUGCAGAGACACUGCUGAUCCCACUGCGGCACAGCAGGAACUCCCGGUGUCAUCUUCUGAGUGUCAAUUUUCUGUUUUUAAACAGCCCAAUAUGUGGAAAGAGGUGGCUCAUAAACUGCCUUUGAAGGGCCUUCCUUUCCUCAAAGAAGAGUAGCUUUGUUGGAACUAAGGAUGUAACUACUUUGAGGGAGAAAUGUUUGCUUAGAGUUCUACAUUCUGUCAUGCUUGUUUUAUUAAAAGACAAGUCUUGCAA